AUUUUCCACUGGCGAUCAGGUGACGUGUGGCGUCACGGAUUAAGUCACGUCCAAUGCGGAAGUGAAUGCUAACGGAGCAGUCGCCCAAACAUUCUAAUCGAAACCGACUCUUUCCCAGCGUCUGAAGAGAAGCUGACACGUCUCCAUCAUGUUUGUUGGAGGGUUUAAAUCCGAGAGACUUCGUGUCAAUCUCAGGCUGGUCAUAAACCGCCUCAAACUUCUUGAGAAGAAGAAAACUGAAUUAGCCCAGAAGGCUCGCAAGGAGAUCGCAGACUACUUGUCGGCCGGGAAAGAUGAGCGUGCGAGAAUCAGAGUCGAGCACAUCAUCAGAGAGGAUUAUUUGGUGGAGGCCAUGGAGAUCCUGGAGUUAUACUGUGAUUUGCUGAUCACCCGUUUUGGCUUAAUACAGUCCAUGAAAGAACUGGACCCUGGACUACAAGAAGCAGUGUCCACUCUCAUCUGGGCUGCCCCUCGACUGCAAGCAGAAGUGACAGAACUGAAGAUUGUUUCAGAUCAGCUGUGCGCCAAAUACAGCAAGGAGUAUGGAAAGCUAUGCAGGACAAAUCAGAUUGGAACAGUUAAUGAUAGGCUUAUGCACAAACUGAGCGUGGAGGCCCCUCCCAAGAUUUUGGUAGAGCGUUACCUCAUUGAGAUCGCCAAAAACUACAACGUUCCCUAUGAACCUGAUGCCAUGGUUCGGCCAGAGGUGUGUCUGGGUGAAGAGGCCGAUCUGAUUGAUGUGGACAGUGACUUCAAGAAGCCAGGAGCUGGUGGUGGUGGAGGAGGAGGAGGAGGAGGGUUUACGGCUCCCGCUGUAGGCAUGCCUAUGCCCAUGCCCAUGCCCACAGCUUUCAACUACCCCAUGCCCAAAGGAGCUGAGCCCUUUAAUGGUUCUGUUGGCUUUAGCAACUUCCAGGCUCCAGUGAGAGGAGGGCAGCCCCCACAGCUGCCCAGCUGCCCACCCACCUAUGAAUCUAUCGAUGAGUUGUCUGUCAAACCCUCUAAUCCUUCCCAGGUCGUCCCAGGCCCAGCCCCGUCUGCUCAGAUCUAUGACAACUCUUCCCUUCCUGAACUUCCAUCUGUUCCCGACACACUCCCAGCCUCCUCCUUCGGAGCGAAAGCCAACACAUCAGACGACAUUGACUUUGACGACCUGUCACGGCGCUUUGAAGAGCUCAAGAAGAAGACCUAAUUACAGAGAGCACAUCUGGGAGUCAGAACAUCUGUCUCCGCUGCCACACGAGGAUAGUUCAAUGUACCCUGUCCAUAUUCACAUACUCACAGGUCUUCUGGUGGAGGUGUAAUAUAAUGCUUGUAACUUAACACAAUGAAGGAUUGGAUGCUGUAUAGACACUUGUGAAUGGCAGUGGCAGAAAUGUAUACGCUCAUUUUAGACUUUUACUUAACAUGGACUGUUGACAAAUCUCCUAUCCUUUGAAUGAGCACUUUGCUUAGAGGGCCUUGCUGACAAUUAAAACUAGUUAAUCAUCUGUAGUGUAAUAAUCUCUGCACCUUGUAUGAGCACCUGAGAAGUCUAUUGAAUAUUUAUAUUAAAGAUUAGAUUAUAAUUUCGGCGUUUGGUAACUUACCCCUUUAAAAAGCAAAGAACAAAACUUUGUCUAAGUUUUCCCCCAGCAAAUCAGAAAUCUCAGACUUUUCUAGGAAAAAGCAGGUUUAACCUGUUGCCAUUAUUUACACCCAGAGUUGUGUAAUGAACUAUGAUUCUGCAAACAACUGUCAUGGAUUGUAAGUGGAUCACAAUGUUUGUGCAAAGUGACUCAGCUUUUUGUUAUUGACAGAAUGUGUUUUGAUGUUAUGGUUUGGUGAACACCAAAGUGUGCUUGAUUCUGGUGAACUAAGCACAGAAUUUAAGAAAAGAUUACUUAAUUUAGAGUAAUCUCUGUGUCCUAAAGUUAGGCGUUUCCUAUUAUUUUUUCUGUUAACGUAGUUACUCAUGUCAGCCAUCUUAAUUUGACUCAAAAGGAAAGGCUUUGUAUUUUAUCUACAAUAACACUCCUUUUCUAGUCCUGUCUUUGUGUGUGUGUGUGUGUGUGUGUGUUUCUGGACUGAAUUUGCUUUAGUUUCCACAUCUAAAGCUGUUGCCUUUCUCUGGGAAAUGUGACUUUCCUGCCAGCUUGUACCAUGGACUCCACAUUUGAAUAAGUAUUUACAUGCUAAUUCUUUUCUUUGGUGGGUUUUUUUAUCAUAUAUCAUUGACUUACUUGUUGUAGGAUUUGACUGUUUAAAGUGUCAGUGUCUUAAGUUUUGAAAGAGUUGUUUUGGUUGCUUUCUACUUGAUUAUAUAACACUAAUUUGUGUUUUAUGUUUGAUACUGGCUUUAGCUUGCAUUGAAAACAAAUCUUAUGCCAUGUAAUAAAGUCUAUUUGCUCAUAA